AUGUUCGGGCAACCCGUCGCUCGCCGUCUGGCCCAGCAGACACGCACGAUUUCCAGACUGUACAACCCAGCAUCGUCGCCGCUUUUGCAUGCGUCAAGGAGAUCGGCUCGGCGAUGGCAACACUCUGGCGCUACUGCAACCAACAGUGAAGGAGCUGCUACCGCAUCGAAUUCUGCCAACACUGAGCAAGCUGCUCAAGCCAUUAGCUUUGCCGAUAAUGGCAAGGGAAAUGUUGCCUUCGCGUCAGGCAAUUCGAGUGGCGGAGGUGGACUGGCACUGCGAAAAGGCCUCUUCUACGUCAUGUUCGGGCUCGCUUUUAGUGCCAUUGGAGCGUAUGGCUCAUGGCAUACCCUCAAGACGCAGGGAUUGGGUUUUUAUUCCGAUGAAGAGAGCUUGAAGCGAUUUACCCCCGAAGAAGCCGAUGUCGAGGCGCGACGAAUCGAAGACACAAUUAAUAACCUCGCCCUGGUGGCUGAGCAGCGCCAGCGCCCAGAAAUGGUCGAGUCGCGACCACACCUAAAGAUGCCCGGUCAAUAUCGAGCACGAAGCCUCACCGGGAGCGCAUUAACCGGGCCCGGCAAGGUUCCUGUCCCUGCGUAUGCUUGGGUUGACAAGGGUGGCAAGUCCCUUGUCUCCGUCGUCUACGUCGGAGAAGACUUGUGCGGCCACCCGGGUAUUGUCCACGGCGGGUUCCUGGCCACGAUGCUCGACGAGGGCCUUGCACGGUGCUGCUUUGCCGCUCUACCUCACAACAUCGGGGUGACCGCCAAUCUCAACAUCAACUAUCGCAAGCCUACUCCUGCGGGCAGCUAUCUGGUGCUGAGAGCAGAGACCACAAAGGUGGAGGGCCGCAAGGCCUGGGUCAAGGGACAUAUUGAAUCUGUCGCCGCUCCGGGAGAGGAGCCUACAGUCGGUAAGUGGAACCCGGCUCGGCAUGCUAGACAUGUUUAA